CAUCUUUAUUAACAAGAUCAAGAUUAUUUUAUGUUUCAUUAUAAAACAAUUAGUUGUCCCUAUGCUCUAUUUAAUCAUAAUUUAGUAAUCUAUAAUUUAAUUAGGUCAACUUGUCAUUAUUAUCAUAAUGAUAAUGAUAAACGUAGAAGAAUACAAGAAAUAUCAUAUUAACCGUAACAGUGUCCUAAUUAGAUGUAAAAUAAGGUUUGUACUAAUGAAUGCUCAUAUUGCCAUUCUAUAUUUGAACUCUAUUUUCAUCCUCAUCUAUAUAAAACCUUUGAAUGUACUUAAUAGAAUUGCAUCAAAGAUCUCUGUCCAGGAUAUCAUGAUGAAAAUGAUUUCAGGUGAGAUAUAUUAAUAUUUUAAAGACAAUUAAAUCCAUUAGUUAGGAAUGGAAUAAUGAAAAUAGUUCCUAAAAAUAGAUUUGAAGAAAAACAACCAAAAACAUAAACUAUUAAAUUUCCUAGUAUAUAUUAAUGA